UUCCCGGCCAGGCUGCGAUGCGCUCGGGGACGGAGCUGCCUUGCAGAUGUGCUCUGGUGGCGGCGAAAAUGGGUGGAAAAAGCCGUCAUCCAAUCUGACGCCCUGAAGUCGUCUCACUGAAAAAAAAAGAGUGGGAGAAGGGCUCUGUUUUGACAGAUUCCAACCCUGCGAUGGAAACUGGAUAGUUGCAGCUUCACCGGGGAGGCUAGCUAACUUUGACAGCCGACUUUCUAACCCUCCCCUCCUCCUGACGAGAACAUUUUCAUCUUCAGGAUGAACGGACGCUGCGGUGCUUUAGUGUUCAGCUAAGUCAGCUGCUGUUUAUUAAAUGGGAACCAGGUGCCGAGACACACCGGGAGCAAUGUUGUUAGCCAGUUAGCUAACAUUCUACCAGCUAGCUGCUAGUUAACUAACACUUAAUUAGUGGGCUGAGUUAGCCUAACUAACUCAGCCCACUAAUUUAGACAAUUCAUUCUUUUAAGUUUAGUUGCUUUUUGCACAUAAUUUAAUACAAUUGUUAAUCUUCCGGCACAUAGUUUUAUUUAUUUAUUUAUUUAUUUAGAGAUAAUCAGGUUUUUUUGCUUUAGUCUAAGCUAGGUGGCUAACCAGCUGUGCGUAUCGGCAGAGCUUCUUGUAGCUUCAGCAGUUCAUCCCUGCCAGCGACAGCCAUGGCUCAAGAGGCGUUCCCUUUGCAUGUUCUUGUCUGGAACAAUCAGUACUUGGAGCUCGACAGAGAGCUGCAGAAGAAAGGGCACGACUUGGAGCGCAUCGAUCCACGAGGACGCACCCCGCUGGAGCUGGCCGUGUGUCUGGGCCACCUGGAGUCCACCCGGGUGCUGCUCCGACACGCUGCAGACCCGACCUACUGCAACGCGCAGGGCUGGACCAUCUUACAGGAAGCUGUGAGCACGGGGGACCCUGAGCUGGUGCAGCUGGUGCUUCAGUACAGAGAUUUCAAGAGAGCAACUGAGAGACUGGCGGGCAUCCCCGAGCUGCUCAGCAAACUGAGACAGGCUCGGGACUUUUAUGUGGAGAUGAAAUGGGAGUUCACCAGCUGGGUGCCUUUGGUGUCAAAAGUGUGUCCCAGUGAUGUUUACCGGGUGUGGAAGAGUGGCUCUUGCCUCCGGGUGGACACCACUCUUCUUGGUUUCGAGCACAUGACUUGGCUGAAAGGGCGGCGCAGCUAUAUUUUUAAAGGAGGAGAUGACGGUGCUGUGGUGAUGGAGGUGGACCACGAGAAGCAGGUGGUGUACACCGAGCCGCUCGUGUUGUCCCCGCGUGACGCUCCCUCCCUCCUUGCAGCCAUGCAACCGUCGCAAGAGAACACCGCCCAGAGGCUCACGUCUCCCAUCGUCUCCACACACCUCAACACUCGCAACAUCGCCUUUGAGCGGAAUAAGUCUGGAAUCUGGGGCUGGCGUUCAGAGAAGAGUGAGGUCGUCAGCGGAUACGAAGCCAAGGUUUAUAGUGCUACCAACGUAGAGCUGGUGACUCGAUCGAGGACAGAGCAUCUCUCAGACCAGGACAAGUCCAGAUGUAAAGGCUCAAAAACACCUCUGCAGUCUUUCUUGGGGAUUGCUGAACAACAUACAACUCACAACGGGAGCAAUGUGUCACAGUGUGCCAGUCCUCACAACCCCACAGCCAUCACAGCUGAGGAAUACUUCGACCCGGAGUUCAACCUGAACGGCCGGGACAUUGGGCGACCCAUCGAGCUCACUAGCAAAGUUCAAAAGUUUAAAGCGACGCUGUGGUUGAGUGAGACUCACCCUUUGUCCUUGGCGGAGCAGGUUACACCCAUCAUAGACCUCAUGGCCAUUUCAAACGCCCACUUUGCCAAGCUGCGUGACUUCAUCACUCUGCGUCUGCCGCCGGGCUUCCCCGUUAAAAUAGAGAUUCCUCUUUUCCACGUGUUAAAUGCCAGAGUGACCUUCAGUAACCUGUGCGGCUGCGAUGAGCCCGUCAGCUCUGUGACUCUCCACAAACCAGACACACCCGAAGAAGCUGGUCAGUGCCCCCCUCCCUUCCAGUGUGAGGUGGAUCCCUCGGUAUUUGAACCACCUGCCGACUACACCACGCUCGGCCCAGGCCGCAGUGAGCCAAUGAGGGACGAGGACGACAACCUGCUGCAGUUUGCAAUUCAGCAGAGUCUGCUGGACGCCGGCACAGAGAGCGACCAGGUGACCAUCUGGGAGGCCCUGACUAACAGCCGUCCGGUUCUCCAGUCUCCUUUGUAUGAGGAGGACUCUCAGCUGGAGAGGGCGAUCCAGGAGUCCCUGACGCUCUCUCUGGCCAACAGAGAUGGAGAAGACACGGCCGACUCCAACCAGUCAUCCUCCGUGUCCCCUUUGGACCCUGCUGCGUCCCCACCGCUCCCCUACAACACAACUGGCGAGCCGCGUGUGUCGGAAAACUUCGGCGUGGCGAGCAGCUUCGAUGAACAGAUGCGCAUCGCUAUGGAGCUGUCCUGCCGGGAGCAGGAAGAGAUGGACAGGAAGCAGAAGGAGGAAGAGGAGGAGCUGGAGAGGAUCUUGCAACUGUCUCUCACUGAAAAGUGAUGGAACCACAGCAGCUGAGGCAGGUCCACACUGUGGAGCAAUCACCCUAAUUUAUUUCUGUUUUUAUUCUGAUGUGUUAAGUUAUUAUAAAUAUUUAGUCUUUUCCACAUGGAGGCUGCUACCAGAUGAAAGGAUGAGAAUGCUGAACAGAUGUGAAAGAACCAGGAUGGAUGGAGGAAGGGUGAUGAGGAUGGAAGGAAAUCUUUGUUUUCUUUUCUAUGGAACAAAAGGUUUUCACAGACAAACCGUCUUUUGGUUUUAAACCUACAGCAUAGCAAAGGAAAGUGAGAAAACUGUGGAUAAAUAUUCUUUACUCAUAAUAGUGAAAAGGUAAAGAUUAUCCUCAUUUGUAGUUUUUUUCCUUUUAAUGAGCACAAUUUUAACCUGUUUGCAAUUUUCUUUUGAGCAGAACUGAACGACCUUUUUAUCUGCAAAUCAGAAACAGGAUCCGUCAUUUUCGGAAAUAUGCAGAUUUGGAGGGGUUUUUGUUGUAUGUGUGUGUGUAAACUUCAUAAAACUGAAAAUAAAACAAAUACAAAUUCUGAAUUGCA